AUGGAUGCAAUGUUACAAAACAUACUCGUUCUAAUAUACGUAGAAAUUGUGAUUUCAAUAGGAAUUUCAUUUUGUGCAAGGAAACAAGUGAAAUCUGGUAAAUCGCAAGCAAAGACGCCAAAAGUGGAGCUCCCACAGCGGAGGUAUUAUGCCACUUUCAAACCAAGAAAAAUUGAGUUGAAUGAGAAAGAGGCAUUGAUAAAGGGCGGUUUACAAGCAGGACGACAUGCGUAUCCAACACUUGAUGAUAUUAAGAGCGAUUGGAGUGAUAAGGACGAAAAAAGCAAGAAAGGAGGAGGAUUAAAGCAUGAUAAGAUUGACGAUAAAAGGAAUGUUCUCAAAAUACCAGCACUGGAAGAGAAAUCGGACGAGAAACACCGUAAGAGCAAUGAAGUGUUUGGGAAAGAAGGGAAGGAUGCUGUUAUCCACACUGCUCUAGUAAAAAAGUCGGUUAAAGCAGCAGUACUGCCUGAGAUUACGAAAAAAUCGAAUGAAACUGCUAAGGCAUCAAGUGGAACGCCAAGCUCCUCAGGAGAAAUCUUUAGAGUUUCCGGCGAAACACUCAAAACCUCAGGCGAAAUAGCCAAGAAUUCGGACGAAACGGAAAAGAUUUCGGCAGAAAUUCUGAGGGUAUUCGGCAAAACACUCAAGGCCUCAGAUGAAAUUCCGCGGACUUCAAAAGAGAAUCCAAAGAAGUCAGGCGAAAGCUCUGUGCCGUCAGCGGAAACCCUCUCGGAUGAAAAAAGAAGAGAGAUAAAGGAACCUAAGAAAAGCGACGAAAAAUGUGAUGACAAAAAGAAAGCUCUUUUGCUUGUCACCGCUACUGAAUAA